AAAUUUGAAAACCCUUUCGCGUCAGUAUUAAUUUCGUGUUUUUGUGAAUAAAUUAUUUUUUUAAUGUUCCAUACCAAUGUUGUGAUUGUUUUGAAACGUGCCAGUAUCAGAUAUAAAAAUCACAAAUUAAAGUCAUUAUAAAAUUUUAAAAGAAACAACCAGUACCUGCUUAAUAAAGAUAAUCACAUAUUAGACUCGAAGACUGAUUUCCUAUACAAUCAAUAACUAACGGGGCAAGUAAACAAUAACAUCAUUUGAUGUUAGAAGGAGACAAAUCUACGUACCAGAGGGAGAUAAAACAGAUAUCAUCGAUCUAAAGAAAAUAGAAUUCUCAUACGAAACGUAAUGGCGGUACAAUAAUCGUGUAAAAGUUCACGAUAGUUGCUCAACGCGGCGGUAACAAUACAACUGGACCAGUCUACAGAGGCCUUGGACAAAUCGAUUUUGCAGGACCUUGUACCACUGAAAUUGGGAGUCAAGACAAACUGGUCGGUUACGGCAGUCAUCAUAUCUGGAUAGAUAAUCAUCUGUCGAUGAUUUACGCCGUGUUAAACCGACAAUGGCACGAGAUAACCCCCAGCGGUUACACACAAUGUGAUCAAUUAGAUUCGUACUGGAACUUUCGUCAACAUGACUAAAAUGAACGGAAUUAACCUGCCCGAUAUGACCGAACAGCAGAACAUAACUGUAGACGACAUUUUUAGUGAGAAUAUUCCUAAACGUAAAAAAUCACAAGUAGAUGAUUACGUAGACUUCAAAAAAACGAACAUGGCUGCAGAAUUAUCGACAGUGAAAUUUUCAAACAACAAUAAUAUAAAAUUACUCGAUAAACAAAUAGAAUCGCCGCAGAAUUUGAAGAGAAAAGUUACAAGCAAAAAUUUGGAGGAUAACGAGAGCUACGUGGAAGGAAAAAACAUUUCGUCUGAGUUUAACAUAAUUGAUAAGGAAUCGAAUCGGACUAUCCGAUUGGAGUUAAGACAUCCCGGUGCUGUCGUGGAUGGUGCUGUGACGAUCGGUGAUUAUAAAAAUGGACAAAUUGACGAACAGGACAAAAAUGAUGUGAGUUCGGUAAUGUCAAUGGACGACGGUGACAUUAACGAAUAUGCAAUCAAAGACAAUGGUGAUAAAAACUUGAGGAAUGGUGAUGUAAAUGUGACAAGUGAAUAUGUAAUUAACGAGAGCGACAGCCAAGAGAAUGAUGAGCGUCUGGGCGGCGGCGGGCUGGGUCUGGGCGGCGGCGGGUUCAGGGGGGGCGCGCAGCCCUCCCUCGCCGACUUUCAGCCACCGUACUUUCCGCCGCCGUUCGGGCCUGCACCUCAUCCUGCUAGUCCUCACCAUCAGCAACAGAGUCAUGGCAUGGAGUACGGCGGUGGGGGAGGUGGUGGGGCGGAGUACGCGCAACACUACGCACCACAGCAGCUCCUACCACGCCACCACGGCCACCACGAGCCGCACGCCCACCUGCGCCACCACAGAGACCACCACGACGCGUUACAUGCUCACCACUUGUCACACGGCGGGUUCAGCUAUGGUGGCGGUGAAAGACGAGCAGACUACGGUGCAAGGGAACAACACGAGUUAGCGUUACACCAUGCACUACACUCAGCCGAAGAAACGCCGAAUACAGGCAUGGACGACACUAGUGGGUUUAUGACAGAUCUUCCGUUAUUAAAAACAAUGAAAGGUCGCGACGGCCUAGGUGGCACGGGUUCGUGCGCGCCCAACGACGUGUUCUGUUCAGUUCCCGGCCGGUUGUCGCUGCUAUCUUCCACAAGCAAGUACAAAGUAACAGUCGCAGAAGUGCAGAGACGACUGUCACCACCAGAAUGUCUCAAUGCUUCCUUACUCGGGGGUGUGCUCAGAAGAGCGAAAAGCAAAAAUGGCGGUCGGCUGCUCCGCGAGAAAUUGGAAAAGAUCGGCCUAAACUUGCCAGCGGGACGGCGGAAAGCUGCCAAUGUCACUCUCCUCACAUCUCUUGUGGAAGCGGAGGCAGUGCACCUGGCGCGGGACUUCGGCUACGUAUGCGAGACAGAGUUCCCUGCGAGGGCGCUCGCGGAGUACCUCGCGCGGCAGUACGCAGAACACGACGCGCGUCGCCGCAGGGACCUACUGCAGGCCACCAAACAGGUGACAAAGGAGUUGAUGGACCUGCUCAACCAAGACCGAUCACCGCUCUGCAAUACGAGGCCGCCGCAUCUCCUCGAGCCGGCGAUACAGCGACACCUCACUCACUUCUCACUCAUAUCGCACGGGUUCGGCGGGCCUGCCAUAGUGGCCGCACUCACUGCCAUACAGAAUUUCCUGAACGAAUCACUCAAGCAUUUAGACAAAUUAUACCCACAAAGCGGUAUGGUGUCAUCUUCAAUGGACAAGACGAAGAUGGAUCCCGAUAUCAAGAAGUAACAUAAGACGGACGACGGUAUCGUCGGUACAUGCCAUCCUAUAUGGGAAAUAGUUAUGGGUAUGACGUCACUUACGAUAAUACGGCACGUCAUUAUGGAAAUGGCCCUACAUUAAAAUAGAGUUCUUAAUUUAAAGACUUAUAAUCUAAGUCCAUAUAUUCUAGGACUAUAAGUUAAACAGAACUCUGAACGCGUAAUGACAUCUUUAUAAAAAAUUAACGAUAUUUAUUAAAAAUCAGGAAAAAAAAUAUUAAUUUAAUUAUGACUAAUAGAUAAUUACUUUUAAAAUUUAAAAAAAUACUGAGGCAAAAGCAUCCGACAAGAAAUGCUUUCCUCGAAUGCCAAUAUACAAAAUAUCUGACUGCCAUUAAAUGUGAGAUUGCGUAUUUAUUUUUAUGAACGCGACACGGACGCGACCCGCAUACGAAUAAAGUGCAAUUAUAAUACUCGAGAUUGUGAGAAUUUGUAUAUAUAUAGUUAUAGAUAUAACACAUUAGUAUUAAUAAGCAUUUAUAAUGUAGGUAUACAUAACAACUGGUUUCUCAUUGUUUUUGGAGGCGAAUAAUUUUAAUAUUUAAAUUAUAAUGUUUCGCAUCUCAACGUAGGUGGGACUAUGGAUGUUUGUUAUACAUUCUAUAACAUUCAUAUCAGAGAUUCUGAAUACAAAUUACAAAUCAUAGAAUAGAAAUCCUUAUUACAGUGAAUGAGUUUGUAAAUCUUUAUUUUGAUUUGUAAAUCGAUAUUUUGCAAACUUGAAGUUAAAUUCCGUUAUUUUUUAAUGAGACAUUCAGACCCAAUGAUACCUGCGACAAUAAAUUUGAUGACUUUAUUGUAGAUACACGGGUUCUCAAUAAUCAUAAUAGAACAGAAAACAGUUCGUACUAUAAUCAGUUCCACCUACGCAUCCACCGCAAUAAGAACACAUAUCAAAUUGUUAUUGUAAAUAUAUAGUGGUAUCGAUACAAUAAAAUAGAAAUAUAACUUCCAGGAACAUUAUCCGUGUGAUACGAUUAAAACAUACAACUUGUCUGAGGUGAAAUAACAACAAAGUAAUCGAUAAUUAAAUAAACAAAUUUGACGGCUAAAUCCGAAAUUAGCACUUAUAUGGGCCCAUCCACGAAUUACGUCACACAA